AUGAAGACGAAUACUUUUGUGAGAAAACUAGCAUCGAAUGAUCGGAAAACGCGUGUGCGAGCCUUCGAGACUCUCACGCAGUAUAUCUCGUCUAGAUCGCAUACCCGAAAGCUAUCUCUUUUAGAGCUUCAAAAGUUAUGGAAGGGUCUUUAUUAUGCCAUGUGGUUCAGUGAUAAAGCUUUACCUCAGAAAAGGUUAGCCACACAGAUGUCAUCUUUAUUUUCUGAAUGCGUCUCAGAUGAACAAUUUGCCCUGUUUGUUACUGCCUUUUGGUCUAUCAUGGCUAGAGAAUGGACUGAGAUUGAUAAAUGGAGAACUGACAAAGACUCUAAAUUUGACAAAAAACUUGUGGAUGCAUACAUUUCAGCUUUGGAGGAAGGCAUAUUAAGUGGAGAGCUUAAACUUCCAAGUUAUAUCGUAAUGCAUAUCGUUGAUGUGUGGCUCGAUGAACUGGAAAGAGUUAUAUUUGAACUGGAUGAUGAUGAGGACACCCCAGAAAAUGAUGACGUUAAGGACGAAGAAGAGGAAGAGAAGGUUUUACAAGAGAAAAAGGAUCUUGUUUCCAAGAUUCCUAUAGAUAAAUUGCUUGAACCGUUUGCCAUUUUAUUGAAAAAGACCCCUCAGAAGGCACUCAAGAACAGAAUAAGAGAGAAUAUCUUUGAAGAUCAAAGACUUAAAGACUGGGGUGUAGAUACCGAUGGAUACGUUGAUAAAAAGACAACAUCGGCCGAAGAUUCAAAGGAGGAGAUCAACGAUCAAGACGAAGGACAAAAGCAAGCAGAUGGUGAUGCAGAUGAGGCUUGGAGUGGUUUCGGGGACAAUUAA